GGCGGUCGCGGCCCCGGGUCCCGCAGCCGGGCUCCCGCCUCACAUGGAGCCCCCGCGCCGGCCGCAGCGGCGGGGCGGACCCGCGCCGGGGUGCUGAGGGGCCGCGGCUGCGGGAUGCGGCCAUGAAAGCCCGCGCCGCCCGCGGGCCCUGCAGGCGCCGCCGCUCAGGAUCCAACAAGAGUAGAGAAGACAGCACAUUACCUAAGAUGUGAGAAGUCCUCCCACAGUGAAAUAAAAUCUUGUUUUCAAAAUGGACCGAAGUAAGCGGAAUUCAAUAGCAGGAUUUCCACCACGCCUGGAGCGCGCUGAGGACUUUGACAGCAGCACUGGAGAAGGGACUGCAUCCCAGCUGGGCAGAGUUUGUACCUCUUCUUACAGAGCCCUGAUAAGUGCCUUUUCCAGACUUACUCGUCUUGAUGAUUUCACAUGUGAGAAAAUUGGCUCUGGUUUCUUCUCUGAGGUGUUCAAGGUAAGGCACAGAACUUCAGACCAGGUUAUGGCUUUGAAGAUGAACACACUGAACAGCAACAGAGCAAACAUGCUGAAAGAGGUUCAACUUAUGAAUAGACUCUCACAUCCGAACAUCUUAAGGUUUAUGGGUGUCUGUGUGCAUAAAGGACAGCUGCACGCUCUUACUGAGUACAUCAAUUGUGGUAACCUGGAACAGCUACUAGAUGGCAACCAGCAUCUGCCCUGGACAGUGAGGGUGAAACUGGCCUAUGACAUUGCUAUGGGAAUCAGUUAUCUUCACUACAAAGGCAUUUUCCACCGAGACCUUACAUCCAAGAACUGUUUAAUCAAACAUGAUGAGAAUGGAUACUCAGCAAUAGUUGGAGACUUUGGUUUAGCAGAGAAAAUUCCUGAUCACAGUGAGAAGUUACCAGUUGUGGGUUCACCUUUCUGGAUGGCACCAGAAGUUCUCAGAGAUGAGCCCUACAAUGAAAAGGCAGAUGUGUUCUCCUAUGGCAUCAUUCUGUGUGAGAUUAUAGCAAGGAUACAGGCAGACCCAGACUAUCUCCCUCGCACAGAGAACUUUGGAUUAGAUUAUGAUUCCUUCCAGCACAUGGUGGGAGACUGUCCUCCUGACUUCCUCCAGCUGGCCUUCAACUGCUGUAAUAUGGAUCCAAAGCUGCGUCCUUCAUUUGCUGAUAUUGUCAAAACACUGGAGGAAAUGUUAAACCGCCUGAGAAAUGAGGACUCGGAGAGAGACAGAAAGUUCGUGAACCUUGACAACAAUGAAAGAAAACCAAAAGGAUCAAUUGACAAAGGACCAGGAGUGAAACGUUUGAGUUCCUUGGAUGAUAAGAUCCCGCCCAAGUCACCCCGUCCGCGCCGCAAUAUCUGGUUGUCCCGCAGCCAGUCGGAUAUCUUCUCUCGCAAACCUUCCCGGAAGAUCAACGUGCAGGACCCCUACUACACACCAAGCAAAGGGUUAGGCCGCAAAGUUAACCCCUUCAGCGCCCGGGAGGACCUCAAGGGGGGAAAGAUCAAAUUCUUUGACAUGCCAAGCAAGUCUGUGAUUUCCCUUGUGUUCGACUUGCAUUCUCCAGAGGCGGGUGGAGGCCUGAAAGCCAGCCAGUCCCAGUUCCGGCAGGCGUACAGCACAGACUGGCAAGACCUUUCCCUUCUUCCUGGGAGGAGAUGCAGAUCGCUUCCACUCUCUCCUGAAUUAGCACACAAGGAAUAUGGCCUCUUUGGGGGACUGUCUUCAACUGUUGGCAGGUGUGACCCAGCCCAGUUAGGUGCAGAGGUUCGGCAAAAACUCUUGAGUAGCACUAAAUAUGGUGUGUCAGAGAUUCCCCCCUUUCACGCCAAGCCUCACAGAACAGAGUUUCUUCUUGCACCAGGACAAGAAGAGGAUAUGGACUGUUCAGAUGGGCCAGUGGCCCAGGAGGAAAAUGGGUUUUGCCCUGUUGAGAACACAUGUGGAGAUCCAGCAUGUGAUCAACCAUUAGUGCUGGCCCAGUCCGGGCCGUCUUACAAAAAGCUCCCAGUUGAGAAUUCAGUGAACUCUGAGGGACGUGGCUCCCCACAAGUGUUUGCAGGUUGUCUCCCUUCUGAAGAGAUGGAGGUAGAAGAUGACCUACUGAAAAUUACGCUGUUGGAGCCUGCAAAGCCUCUGUUCAGUGUUAGUCCUCCCACAGAGCUGAAGAGAGAGGCAUGGCCCUUCAGGGAGCAGGAUGGGGACAGUCCUGCCCUGUUGUCUCAGACCUCCUCCAACAUCUCAGCAAGUGGCAGCACAAAGUCAGCUUGUGACAUAUGAAGAGAGGGCUCAAACUGAAUGUGUCCUUGAGUUGUUCCCAGCUGCUUAAACUAAGCUUUUCUGCAGUGCUGGGCUUCACAUCUGAAAGAGACUCACCAAGCUGGCUGUAGGACAGAUAGCUGCAGACAUUGUCGGAAGAGACUGAUCAUUUUAUAAAACCUUAUUUCAAAUUGUGCUUAUUCCCUUUCCUGAUUUGAAUUAGGAGGGGGAACUACUCCAGCCAGAAUGGCCAUGUGGGUCCCACAGCCCUUCCUGGAGGCAGCAGCCAGAGCAGGCACCAUUAAACAGUUUGACCUGGAUUUCCAGCAUGGGGCAUUUUAAGGUCUUAAGCUCCAUGUAAAGUAGAAAGAAUGACCCUUAGAUUUUUCCCUCUUCCUCUAACUGAACAUCUGCUCUAAGCCACUGCAUAUUUUUCAUUAACAUUCUGCACCAGUGCACCUGAGUCAGAGCCUGUGUUUCAGAAACAGGCACAGAAGUCUUUCUGAGCUAUGUUGAGCAGAUAGGAAUGCUCUCUAGUCCCAGAGCUGCUUUGAAUGCUGUUGUAGCAUUAAACAAGCUCUUCUUUCAAAAGCAGCAAAAACAAAACCCCUCAUGCUGGUCACAAUCUGCAGGCUGAGUCACAUGACAAGUACUUUGUGAUUAACAAGAAGAAUCUGUUCCCUGGUGUUUCAUUUUCCCUUGGGAUUUAGUAAUGAUGUUUAAUACAUUUGUGCAGGGAAGCUCGCUUCCUUGUACAGCUCUUUAUGUACCUCAGCCCAAAUGUGGAGGAAGAUUUGCCCAGGGCACAGAGAAGCAUAUUCCAGGCAUUGCCAUUUCUGGGCUUCUGAAGAAACUGCUCCUGAAAGUACCAGCUGUACUGCGCUUUUGGCAGGGGGUGGGCCCUUAUCUCUGAAGAGCUGAGUGGACAUCGUGAUCUGUUUCUGCAGAAUAGUUAAGUAGAGUAGCUACAUCACAAUUGACUAUUAUCACUAAGCUAGAAGGGUCACAUACACCUCCCUCUCUGGUACAGCAUCCAUCUCACUGAUUUCACUGCAGUAAUGAUGGUUCCUCACUAGCCUGCUUGACAGAGGACAGGAAUCUCCUGCUUAGGGGGAGUUGCCAGCAGUGUUGUAGCCCCACAAGUGCUCUUGGAGAGGGCAGCUCACAGGAGGGCUUGUCCUAAAUUGACUUUUUGUUUCCUCUACAGAAAGAAGCUGCUGUUUUUAUUGGUUUCUCCUGUCACUGAAUAGGAUAUUUUUUUUUUUUUUUUUUUUUUUUUUUUUUUUUUUUUUUUUUUUUUUUUUUUUUUUUUUUUUUUUUUUUUUUUUUUUUACUUCCCUUGACCAGCGGGUACCUGUGAAAGAAGCAGCAACAUGAGCUUUAAUGCUGCUUGCUGGAACCAUCAUCAGCAAUCCCUGCUCUGGGAUGCAAUGUAUGGGAAAGCUCAUUCUGUGACAUUUGUGCAACAUCCUUCCCUUUUCCACUAUCAUCAUCCCAAAAAACAUGGGAUUUAAAAAAUUUUAUUUUAUGGGGUUUUUUUUUAAUCUAUAUUAUCAUUCCUAAGUGAGGUAAACAUUGCACACCUGCUGAGCAGAUGGUGAUGCAGCAGAGUCCAGAUUUUCAUCCAGGUAGCCUGUUACAGUCUUCCUGCUCUCUUGUAAGGCUGGAUACUGUAAGCUGGUCUCUGAUGGAAGCCAGACUAUUUCUACUCUUCUCCCAUCUCAAAGAAAGGAUGGAGAAAGCCAUAGUUCUUUCUUGGCUGGGAUGUGUAUCUUUCCUGAGGUGUAGGUAGCUAUUCUAGGAGUUACAGCUGUGACUUCCUCUAGUGAAGUGUGUGUUAACCUGGGCAGUUCUCCCUUUGCAGUGGCUGUUAUGAAUGAAAGGAGAAGCCCAGUGUUGCGGAGUUAUUUAAUACAGUCCAUGCCAGAUUAGGCAGCUGUUGACAGCUCAAAAGAGAAAAUACCUGUGCUCAUUAAGAUCACCCCUUUUGGCCCACAUCUCUCUGCCUCUUGAAGGUGCUUAUCUGCAGAGUAGUCUCUGUCUUCUGCAUUGUGUCUGCAGAGUGCAGAGCAGCCUGUAUGGCUGCCACUGUGUGUGUGUAACUUUGAGGACAGAGAAACACUGUUGCCUGCCUGGUGCCUGCUUGCUUUUUUUUUUCAUUUUUAAAUCGUUUUAUCUUUGCUACAACUGUAUCUUCUGGGAGGGAAACCAUCAGCACCAGCUUCUGUUGUCACAAGAUGCAUUUAGGUGUGUGACUUCAGACAAAGAAGCAAUAAUGAGUAGUUUACUUUUGGAUCACCAGGCUGAGGGAAGCUGCCCAGCAGCCUGACCGGAGAGCACACGCACACCUCUGGCUGCCCUGGGGCUCCCCUGAGCGAGCCCUGUCUGUCAGUGCUGACACCUCAUCAUGAGCCCUGCCUGACACUGACUGCAAAGCUUGAGCAGUCAGCUGGGGCUGCCCCAGGGCACCCACUGCAGUGACCUCACUGUUCUCUUACACUGCUGUCUUUAUGACGUUUCCCUGCCUUGAACAGCUCUUACAAAGCAGCAGAGAUAAAAUUUUAUUUUCUUAAAUGUCCGCUCUAAGCACAACCAAUUGACAUGCAUUGGGCACAGCUAUCAACAUUUCUGGCUCUUGGUACUGAGGUGGAGAUGUCAGAAACAGAAAUGCCAAGGAGUAGCAGCUCAGGCCUUUCCUGGAUUGGUCUGCAUGGGAACAGGCAAGUAUGAAACCGGAGUAAAAGGUCAUUUUAAAAAUUGCAAAGUGAUUGCUGAAACCCCGUGUUUCCAAGGAUGCAGUUGGAAGUCACAACAUCUCAUCCCUUUGGCUGCAUAAAGCUGAAUCUAGGCUGCACCUAGUAAUUCCUAGGUUUUGUGCCUACUGAGGUUGCUUUUCUACAGAGGGCCAUUUUCUGACAGCCACUGAUAAACAUGAAUUUGAACAUAUGGUCAGCAAACUCCUUGUUUUAUAGUGACGUGACAAAGUUUUAUCGUGAUUGGAUUUUACCAUGAUUUUGACUUUACAGGAGCAGUUCUUGCUCUUUUAAAGUACUUUCUACACAUUGCUACACAUCUCCCUGAAGAGAUCAAAGAUGUUUUUAAUUCACUUUAAAUCUAUGUUGAGUUCAAUUAAAUGUCUGUUAUAAGCUAUUUUUGUUGUGGUUGCAGGUUGAUAAAGUGCAGCCAGGAGAAUGCAUGUGAAUUGCUGCCCCUCAAAAGCAGCACAGCCAAGGGGCUGUAGCAGACUUGUACUUGUUGGAGAGGCAUUGAUGUAUUAUGUGUAACAGAACGUUGGUAUUUUUUGCCAGUACAACUAAAGACACUUGAAUAAUUCCUGUUUGCACUUAAUGCUAUUGUUUAUAUUGCAUGUCACUACAUUUCUAUGCAAAACAAAUAACCUUUUUUUUUUGGGAGGAGGGGCAGCCAGAUAUUUGAUUAAGUAUAAAGAUCUUUGCGAGAUGAUCUAUUUUCGUAUUUAUGAAGGAGUUUUACGUCUUAAUAUUUUGCAGUCUGUAAAUAGCUGAACUUGUAAUUAAAGGCUUAGGAAGAAGUUUGUAGCCUGUGUAUAAUAGUAAGUUAACACUGCCAGAAAAAAAAUCUUUGCGAAACAACUUUUCUAAUAUUGCAGAUAUUUAUGAAUAUGUAAAGAAAGUACGUCUUGUUUUUAUGUUGAUUGACCUUCUGACUUUUUUGAACUAUAGAAAUGGUGUAUGUUUUAUUGGAACUGCAAUAAGAAGUAACCAAAGAUGAAUCCACUUAAAUAUUUUCAUAAUUUUUUUCUUGGUCAGGUUUUGUAAACUUUCCCAACUUGCUUUCAAAAUAAAAAUGAAAUCAAGGCCUGA